ACUGACGAGGCAGGUAAGCCCGCCGGAGCGGGCAGGUGGCGGCGGCUGCGGCCCGGAGAGGAGCAGCCAGGAGUUGGCGCCCAGCAGGUUUUCUCGAGGAGAGCACAGAGUUUGCAGAUAGAGGACAGGAAGGGGCGAGGCUGGGACCAGGUGGGAGCUGGGGUGCGUCGAGUCCGCAGGCCGUGAGGAGCUGGACAGGACAUGACACAAGUGGCACGUCCCGGCCAUGGGGUCCCACCAUUCCACCUCUGCUCGCCCCUCUUACUGCAAGCGAGAGAAAGAGGACAGGGAGGAUUUGCUGGCCGACAGGGAGCAGGAAGAAGCCAUUGCUCAGUUCCCCUAUGUGGAGUUCACUGGUCGAGAUAGCAUCACCUGUCUCACAUGCCAGGGGACAGGCUACAUUCCAACAGAACAAGUAAAUGAGUUGGUGGCUUUGAUCCCACACAGUGAUCAGAGAUUGCGCCCUCAGAGAACCAAGCAGUACGUCCUCCUGUCUGUCCUGCUCUGUCUCCUGGCAUCUGGCUUGGUGGUUUUCUUCCUGUUUCCACAUUCGGUCCUUGUAGAUGAUGACGGCAUCAAAGUGGUGAAAGUCACAUUUAAUAAGCAGGACUCCCUUGUCAUCCUUGCCAUCACGGCCACUCUGAAAAUCAGGAACUCCAACUUCUACUCCGUGGCAGUGACCAGCCUGUCCAGCCAGGUUCAGUACAUGAACACAGUGGUUGGCACAUAUGUGACUGCUAACGUCUCCCUCAUUCCACCUCGGAGCGAGCAACUGGUGAAUUUCACUGUGAAGGCUGACAUGGGAGGACCGUUUUCCUAUGUGUAUUUCUUCUGCACAUUGCCCGAUAUCGUGGUGCACAACAUAGUGAUCUUCAUGCGAACUUCAGUGAAGAUUUCGUACAUUGGCCACAUGACCCAGAGCUCCUUGGAGACCCAUCACUAUGUGGAUUGUGGAGCAAAUUCCACAGCUGUUUAGAAACUGCUCUUGGUUCUUCCAUGGCAGCACCUGCCAGAAGAGACACAGCAUCUGUUCCCAGGGCCUGAGUUUCAUACCUAUCCCUGGUGGUAGAAGUAGAGGAGAAAUUGGUUCUCUAGUCCCCAGCAAACAUCCUCCUGCUACUUGAGGGGAGAACUCCUCUCAGUGGCACCACCCAUGUUUCUCAGAACCAGCAGAAUCACUGCCCAGUGCCUAGCCUGUGCCCAGCAAAUAGCAGGCACUCAGAGCAAGUUUGGAGAAUUGAAUUCCGAUCUUUUCAGCUGUUCUUGGGGCAUUGCGCCCUGAAAUCCUACCGUGGUUCUAGGUUGGCAGACCAUGAGAGAGACAUGGAGGUUGGCCUGUGAGGGCAGCCGCGGACUGGCCCCACUCCUCUGCACAGAAGAGGCAGCAGGGCGGGAACGUUGGAAUACCUAAGAAAGCACAGACCCUUUAAUAUGGGAAAUUUUUUUGCCUGCUCUCAAAUGCCUAGGAACUUUAAAAAAAAAAAAAAAAAAAAAGGCAACUUUUUCCUGUAGAAAGUUACAGUUGUUUUUACCAAGAGUCUAUGUGAGGCUUGAUUUACCCCUCAUCCAUUGGCUGGAACAUGGAUUGGGGAUUUGGUAGAAAAAUAAAACCUGCUUUUGAUUCA